UAAAAAUGUAUUAUAAUGUAUUUAUCUGCAUAAUUAAUUUUUUAAUCUUAAUGGAUAGGCUACCAAAUAUAAAAGCAAUAAGUUGCUAUGAUUGCCGUUCGGAAGACAUAUCAUGCAAUGUGGGUGAAUGUAUGGGUGCUACUUGUGUAAAAAUGGAGACGUCAAAUACUGAUAAUGGUUAG